AUGCAUUACCACCCUCUCUGGGAUUGGGCACUUGACUUGUUGCAAGACAGACGUCUUGUACCUCACUUUGUGUUCGAUGCUCAAUGUCUUUCAAAAUUUAAUGAAGAGAGGUUUGUCCACUUCAUCAAUGAACCAUGGACUGCUGAUGCCUUUUGGAGCGCACAAUCACAGCUCCCCCCGAAUGCCAAACCGCUGGCCUUCAUCCUCUAUGCAGACAAGAGUAAAUUGUCGUCUUUUGGGAGCCAAAAAGGCUAUCUGAUUAUCGCCCGCAUUGCCAACCUGCCCAUUCAUAUUCGAAAUGGUAAUACUGCCCUCGGAGGCGGCCGCAUUGUUGGUUGGUUGCCAAUUAUUGUUGAAAAUCAGGAGCACGCAAAAAAGAAGAACUACAUAGACUUUAAGAAUGCCGUGUGGCAUACGUCCUUCUACCAGCUUCUCGCCUCGGUCGUGAAGCUCUCAACAACGGGCUAUUGGUUUGAAUGUGGGGAUGGCAUCCAGUGUCAUCUCUGGCCCCUUAUUUUGAUCUUGAGCGCUGAUUAUGAAGAACAAUGCAUCAUGGCGUUGAUCCAUGGACUUAAGGGAAAAUUCCCAUGUCCAGUGUGUUUGGUUCCGCAGGAUGAGCAGUCUGUUCUCCAUCCCCACGAGCUGCACACAAGUUGCCAAUCUAAAGACACCCUCCAUACUGCAAGAUUGAGGCCUUCCGAGAAGGAAAAGGAGGAUCAGCUAAAGGCUUUCUCACUCCGAAAUGUUGAGAAUGUCUUUUGGAGGAUUCUUUACACAGAUGUUCAUCGCACUCUCUCUGUCGACCGUCUGCAUACAUAUGAAGAAGGACUAUGGGGCGACCAUCUGUGGAAUGAAGUAAAGUUUUGGAUUUCGGACCUCGGGCGGGAGGCAGCCAUUAAACUCGACAAAAACUUCGAUGCGCUGCCACAAUGGCCUAAUCUGACCCAUUUUUCAUCAGUCAUGGUGGUGGAUUUCAAUGACAGUACUGCUCUUGGGGAUCUAUCAAAGGAUAUUCUCCACCUGUCCUGCUGUAAACUGGGACACCUACUACUACGAUGCAUCCGCUACUACAUGGAGCUUGAUAUGUACACUUCAUUUGAAGUCCAAACAGAAGAUACAAUUUCGGCAGGAAGGUUUGCCCUGCAAAAAUUCUCAGAAGUGAUGGAGCCAGAAACCUUCAAAAAUUGGAACUUUCCAAAGAAGCACUUGAUCUCGCACAUAUUCAACGAUAUUUUGGCUAAAGGUGUGACAUGUAACUACAACACGAAGCCAAAUGAGAAAAUGCACGGCUCUUUGCGAAAAAUUUACCUUCAACACACAAACUUCAAGAAUGUUGCUUCUCAGAUCCUGCGCUAUGAUGAAUGGCUUCUGACCUCAACAUCUAUGCACACCAAACUUGAUGAACUCGACGAGGCUUUUGCCGACUUUUGGAUGAAGCUUAAUGGCUUCCUGAAUGGUUUUUUACCACAAAACAAUAUUCACUUGCCAGACGGAAGGCGCAUUCACCUACGCGCAGAGGAUAUGAUUACAGAGUUUCGGUUCUUGCACAUAAACUAUGAAUCAAUGGUUGACUGGCGCCUGCACCAAGACUUGCUUCGGUGCAACCCGCAAUUCUAUGGAUCACCAAGAUACGACUGCGUCAUGGUGAAAACUGCAGACAAGCCGUUUUUCGCUCGCCUUGUAUACAUGUUCAGCUCCUCAACUGGCAGUGCUGAUUUCCCUCUCGCCCUUAUACAUCCAUAUGAUGUUGGUAUUGCCAGUAGUUGUCGAAGACGAGAUGAUGAUAUCGGAAUGUGGCAUGUGCGAGCCAAACCUCGCUCAUCCUCCGAGAUCAUUUCUGUCCGGUCAAUCGUUCGGGGUGCUGCUCUUGCCAGCAAUCCUGAAACACCUGGAGAUUACUUUGUCAUCCACACUGUGGACACUGACAUUUUCCUUCGAGUCAAGGCUCUCCAAGCUCAAUUGUUAUGA